GAUAACAUUUCAGUCCGUUAACGACUACAAAUGCUGACGGAUGUUGAUAGCGCGUGUGGACAAAAUUUAAUAUAACACAUGUUCUUUAGAAAAGAAAUAAAUAAUUUGAAAAAAAACUAAAAUCGGAAAUAUUUUGUAUUAACAAACAAAAACUUUUAUGUUAAAAUUUAUUGUACUAAAAAAAAUACUAUCCAAACAGUGUUUAAAAAUUAUUGAAAAAGUUAAAAAAAUUAACAACAUACAAUUAUGUUAAAAUAUUAUGAAUUUAUUUAAAUAUUAACAAAUUUUUAAAGUGUUGUGUUGUUUCAUGUUAAUAACAACCAUUAAAAUUAAAUAUAUAAACAAACAACUUUAAACAAUUUAAAGCAAAAAGAAAAAACCCCCCCAUAAACAAAAAGUGCUAAAUAUUUUUUUUGUUCUAAAUAUCAAACAAACCGACCGCCUAUAUUUUUUGGAUUACGCGCAAACUUUGGAUUAAUUUAUCUACUAUAUAUAGCUUUUGGGAUUAUAUUUAUUGUGACAAAUACCUCGCUUUAAUAUGGCUGCUGAUUUAACAACAUCGACUACCGCCUCAACGGAAAAUCUUUAUAUGCAUUUAAAUGCUUCUGAAUUGUCGGCGAUUAUAAUGAAAGGUUCACCCCAUUCCAAUGAUCGCGAUGCUGGUUUUUGUUCGGGCAGUUCAGAAGGUGGUGAUGAUUAUUUUAGUGAUAAUUUACGCAUGGAACCCAGUAGUCCUACGGAUAAUUCUGAAGACUCAGUGGAAGUUAAAGUCACCCCUAUAUCUUUGGUGCGCAAUAAACGCAAAAGUUCAGAGCCUUCUAAGGUAGUGGAGGAAAAAUCUACCGCUUCUCAAUCGAAUGGACCGCUUAAGAAACGCAUACGUUAUUCCUCGAAUACCGAUUCGGGUGUUGUCUUAACACCGCCAGCGGUAACAGUAACCUCACCACCACCACAACUAUGGGAUCCUAGUCAGAUAUUACCUCAUGAAAUGAUGCCAAAUCCGGCCCAGGUAUUUGUAAGACAUCCUGGUGUUACCACUCUGCAUAGACUGCCUUUGGAAAAUGAACAUCAAAGCGAGGAACAACAAGAACCCUUGGCUUUAGUCUUAAAGAAACCCGUAACGGAUUCGGAAAGCUGUAAGGAAACCUCUACAUCUAAGGGUUUAACGCCUAAAAAAAGAUUUACCCGCGAAUCGUCUAUAGAACAAACACCACCCAAGAAGAAUGCCAGCAGUAAUAGCUGUAGUACGGAACAGGCUUCGGUAACCCUAGUACCACCACCAGCUCUCUCCUUAACCUCCUCCCAUGAAGAAUCUUCUCUAAAUACCUCAGGCUCACAGAAAAACUCCUCGAAACCCCAACAGCGUAACUAUAAAAAUAUGACCCGGGAAAGACGCAUAGAGGCCAAUGCCCGUGAACGUUCAAGAGUACAUACCAUCUCGGCGGCCUAUGAAACCUUAAGAAAAGCUGUACCCUCCUAUUCGAAUAAUCAAAAGCUUUCAAAGCUUUCCGUGUUAAGAGUGGCCUGUUCCUAUAUUUUGACUUUGUCCAGAAUGGCUGGUUAUGAUUAUAGUCAAGAUGAGUCUGAGCCCUCAAUAGCUUCCUGUUUUGAGGCCGUUACCGCUACCAUACAAACGGAGGGUAAAAUACGCAAGAAGAAGGAAGAUGAGAAAUAAAUUUAAACAUAAAUAAAAUAAAAAACUCUUUAAGGACUGAUGAACACUUUAAAAUAAUAAUUUAUAUAAAUUUAGUUUAAAAAUUUAAGCUUUUGGAAAAUGUUUAAAAAAAAACUUUAAGAUAACUAAUGAAGCUUCAAAGCUUUAAACAUUUCCCAAAAGUUUUAAAACUAAUUUUUUUAUAAAAAAACACAACUUCGUUAAGGCUUUAAUUACAACAUUGUUGAAUAGCUUUUAAGCUAUUUACAGUCAUUAUUUCAUAAGUUAAUCAUUCUUUAAGCUUUCUUUAUUAAAGCUUUCCUUAUACGUUUGUAAGUUUAAAACAAAAUAAUAAACUAUAUGAUAUUAAAUCAUUUCUUAAAUGUGAUGUUGCUUUAAACAAACAAUUUGUAAAAAAAAUACUUAAAUUUAAAAUAAAACUAACCCACUGUUAAAUUAAAAAAAAAGCUUUCAUUCCAAUUAAAGCUUUUUCAAAAAAAAAGACAAUAAAUUGUAAAUUAAUAUAUGAAAAACAAAAACAAAUUUUGUAAUAAAUUAUAUGACAAUAAUUUUGAAAAUUUAUUAAUUAAAACAACAACAUGUACAAAUUCUUUUUAAAUUUAAAAAAAAAAAAAACAGAAAUUACAAAAAAAAUUAUAUUUGUAAAUUUAAAAUUAAUAUAAAAGCAAAAAAAUUUCUGAAAAAAAAUUUACUGUAUAUUGUUUAUAAUUUAAUUGUAAUCUCAUUGUUUUAGUUAUUUAAGUCUUUAUUAUUAAAGUGCCAUAAGAAAAGGAGCCAGAAAAUUUUGAAAAAAAUAAAAUUUAAAAAAAUUCAAACACUUUUUUAAAAAAGUGUUUAACAUUUUUGUGAAAAUU